AUGUCAAAUCCGCUCUCCCCCUUAUCCUCCUCCCACCAUAACGUGCGAGCCCACUCCCCAAAGUUGACUUCCUCGCCGUUUCUCACCAAGCCCAUGUCUGCGGGCCCCUUCCCCUCGAGUCCGCUGAAGAAUUCCCUGGAGCUCAAUAUGGAGUCUCAUGAGUACCCCGUCGACGAAAACGAUUUCUACGUCCAAAAUGAUCACGAGAAUGAUAAUGAUGAUGUCAAUGAUAACGACUCCUUCCACGAGGCCCCGAGCUCACCCUUCCAACCCGAGACUCGCGAGGACACAGUCGAUUUUCACAAACUGCGCGAGAUCCAGCGCAUGUCUCCUGGUCUGAGUGAGCGCGACACAGAUGAUAUCACUAGCUCGCCCUUCCAGCCUGACGCUCGUGAGGAGACGGUGGACUUCCAAAGGCUGCGUCAGGUGCAGCCGGCCAUGUCACCGGGUCUGAAUAAAAGAUUUGCACUUGACGUCCCGACAAGCUCCCCAUUCCGGCCUGAGGGUAGGGACGACACGGUUGAUUUCGAAAAGCUGCGCGAACUGCAAGGUGGAUCGCCUGACUUGGAUGCACAGCCGGUCAUCGACGCGGGUGCUAGCUCACCCUUCUGGCCGGAGGAAAAUGCAAUCAACUCUCAGAAAUUGCGCCACAUGUCCCAGUCGCCCUAUCGUAGAAAUUCCGCUACGGCUACGCCCCGAAAGCGGUCGUUUGACCAGACCCCACAGGAUCAUGGGGAUGAGACGCAAAUGAACGAGAGAUGCAAGAAGGGCAUGGUGAGUCGAGUGGGCGAUCCUGACAUCCAUGUCGACGAUGAUCCCAGUCUCAUCGACAACCAGAGCAUGGUCUCGGCCGCCCAUAACCGCUCAACGGUAGCCAAUAGCGUGAUGGAAGACAAGCACAACGAGGGAAUGAGCACUGUGCUUCGAGAGGAUGGCGAUAGUGGAAUCGCAAACAAAGAAAACUUCAUCCCAGCUGGUGACGAUGAUAUGCAUGACUCAAUGGACGACACAUGCCUCAGCACCUUCUCCGCUGUGCCCAAUGUGGACAUGACUGAAUUUGCAAGCCUUCGGGGUGCCUCACCUGUCAAAGCUAUGCGUAACAGCAUUGCGCCCAGUCCGGCCCUGACAGACCGCCAUAAUCCGGCCACCCCGGGAACAGCGCGCAGGGCAUACAGAGGCAGUGCGAUAGUUGACGGUGACCCGCCUGUUGGAUCCCCUACCCCAAGACGGAGACAGUUUCAGGAGACAGACAAUCCGGGCGAAACACCCAACCUGCUUGAUCUCACAGAUCACAUGAAUUUCCUCCCCCGUCACUCCAUGCAGAGUGGCCGGUACUCUCCGUCGCGACGGUCACCUCUGAGGGCACUACGGGAGUCUAUUCGGUCUCCGUCGAAGGCGUCCCUACUGGAUUUUGAUAUUCCACCUGCACCGACUCCUCGCUCUAUCCCCACCAUCACGCCCCGGGAAUUGGAGUCUCUUAAAUCAGGGUUCAUGUCUGAGAUCUCGUCCCUCAAGGCCACGCUGAGUGGAAAGGACGCCGAGGUCGCCAGUCUGAAGAAGGCGAUAGCCGAUGCGGAAAGACGCGUCGGUGAAGCUCUAGAAGAAGUACGGAACGAAGCUGCGCGCAAAGAAGCUCUGCAGAUUGAGCAAGGUGAAUGGGAUCGCCGGGGCAAGGAGAUGGAAAGUGUCUUGCGGUCUGUCCGUGCAGAGUUAGUCGAAGGCGAGCGCGAACGAGACCGUCUGACCCGGAAGGCCGAGGAGGCUGAGAAGAGCAAAGAACAGCUGGAGGGCAAGCUCGUCGAGCUGGAAAGCCAAUUGUCGGCCGCCCGUACCUCUGCAUCAGAGGUAUCUGGCUCGGCAGCUCCGGCCUCCAAAUGCGCUGAAGAUACCGCGCGGGAAGUCCAGGACGCCGUGGAGAAAGUCGCUCGUGAGUUGCAUACUCUGUACAAGAGCAAGCAUGAGACCAAGGUCGCCGCGCUCAAGAAGAGCUAUGAGGGACGCUGGGAGAAGCGCGUGCGCGAGGCUGAAAAUAAACUCGCGACUGCUCGCGAGGAAGCUAGGCGUCUUCGGUCUGAGCGUGACGCCGCAACCUCGGAAUCUAUGGUUGCUGCCAAUGCUAGCAUGAUUGCCCGUGAGAACGACGAGCAUGAGACCGAGAAGCGCGUCCUGGAGGCGCAGAUCAAGGGCCUGCAACAGGAAAUGGCCGCGCUGAAGGAAGACAGUGCCCACCUGCGUUUUGAACUCAAGUCCGAACGCGCUGAGAAGGGCGAGCUGGUCGCUGCGGUGGACGAGUGGCUUGCUAUUCAGCAAAGCCAGCCUCCAAACCCGGUCCGCGAACCGUCCGUCUCCUCGUCUGCUCCUGCGGACGAUAAUAAUGAUGGAUCUGCUGAACAAGACUGCGACACCCUCCGUCGCAGCGUUGGUCGAUCUGGGUCCAUCCGUCACCCCAGUCACGGCGAGAAGCGCAUCCCCCGAUACGGUGCUCCGGGUGGUCACUCGCGAACCAACAGCGGCGGCAAGUCGGGCAUUGCAGUCUUCACCCCUGGCCGUGGAGGGAUCAUGGGAUCGAUUGAGAGAAUGGGCCGUGGCGGCAUAUGA